UCCUCUCGUCCACUCGCAAUAACGUCCCCUCGCUAGCUGGUCUCUGCGCCCCCCGUCCACGCGUGCUGGGCUGCGUCUCGCUCGCUGGCUUCUCCUUGCUUCUCCUGCUUACCGCGCCAUUUUUUCCGGAAAAGAAGGCCUCCACUCUCUCCCCUCCAUCAUUGCCACUGCCCGAAACGGCAACCGCCCCACUCUCCAUGUGCUCCUCCGCCGCUUCCCCUGACCCAGCAGCACCCAUUUAAUCCAUCCAUCCAUUGCCCGCUUCUCCUCUCCUCAACAUCCAAUCGAUCCAUCCAUGGGCGCCCGUGCCACUAGCUACUAGAGCGUCCAUCGGACAAAGCCCAUAUCGAUGAUGGCAAUGGUGGCGCCCAGGCCCAAGUCGCCGCCGGCCUCGCCGGACCCCUGCGGCCGACACCACCUGCAGCUCGCCGUCGACACGCUCCACCGCGAGAUCGGAUUCCUCGAGGGGGAAAUUAGUUCCGUUGAAGGGGUGCAUGCUGCCUCCAAAUGCUGCAAAGAGGUUGAUGAGUUCGUAGGAAAGAAUGCCGAUCCAUUCAUAACGAUCAGUUCAUCAAAGAAGGCGAACACCGAUCAGUCUCGCCACCUUCCAAAGAAGUUUCGAGCCCGGACGUGUUUGAGCUACCUGUCGUGGAUGUGCUGCUGCGGCGGGUGUCCUUCCGUCCAGCUCCAGGGGCCAACGAGCUGCUGCUCUUGCGGAGCGCUGGGAGGGCUGUGCGGUUGCUGCAGCACCGGAGAAUGCUGCCGCUGCCGCGUCGGGUGCGGGGGCUGCGGCUGCUGCUGCUGCUGCUGCCGUGGCAGCCCGUGCCGCAGCCGCACGCCGAGCCCGAGAUGCUCGUGUGGUUGCACGUGCUCCUGCCCGAGCUGCUGCUCCUCCUCUUGCGCGUGUCCGGCUCCCUCCUGCUGCCGUGCCCCUCGGUGUUGUUACCUGUGUUCAUGAGGUGGAUUGAUCUUUGUUGUCAGUACCGUGUGCGUGCUUGCUGUUGUGGGAUGUACGCUCAGCUGGUGUUAUGUUUUUUUUACGGGAUUGAUGAUGGUAUAUUUGCCGUGCUCCUGGCUUAGUUUUUUAUUUUUUUUCGCGAGGAAGAGGUGAGCUUUAUUAUUCAAUAAUAGGAUUACAGUCAGCAGCAA